AUGGCGGCGCUCUUAGCCUGUUUUGCUGUAUCCUUGCUAGCGGCAGCUCGUGGUGCAGUCGGUCAGAAAGGCUUCCUAAGCAUCGACUGCGGCCUGGACGCCAACUCCAGCGGCUACACGGACGGCGGCAUCUUCUACGUCCCCGACGGCCGGUACGUCGACUCCGGCGAGAACCACAGGGUGGCAGCCGACCAAGUGAGCACGCUUCUGCGUGCUUACGAGACGGUCAGGAGCUUCCCCUCCGGCGGCCGAAACUGCUACUCGCUGCCCACCGUCGCCGGGGCCAAGUACCUCGUCCGGGUGAUCGCCGUGUACGGCAACUACGACGGCAAGAACAGCUCGUCGACGUUGCAUUUCGACCUAUACAUCGGUGUGAACUUCUGGCAAACAGUGCACGCCGACAGCGACAAUGUGUACGAGGCGCUGUUCGUGGCGUGGGCGAGCUGGGCGCCGGUGUGCCUCGUCGAAACCGGCGGCGGCACGCCGUUCGUGUCCACGGUGGAAUUGAGGACGCUGGGGAGCGACCUGUACCCUCCCCUCACGGCCAACCAGUCGAUGUGCAUGGCAGAUCGGAUCAACGCCGGCACAAACACUUCUGUUACACGGUAUCCUGAUGAUCCCUACGAUCGGCAUUGGUGGCAGCUACGAAAUGACCCAACAUGGAAGAACAUCUCCACAGCGUCGACCGUCCAGGAGGAUUUCAACUACGGUGUGCCCUCGUCCAUAAUGCGGACUGCCAUUGAGACGGCCAGCAACAAGACGAAACUGGAACUCACACUACGGGAGGACAAAACGUCCCAUCGGUACAUGUUCUUUGUGCACUUCGCCGACUUCCAGAAAAGCCAGCUCCGGCAAUUCGACAUCACCUUUAGCGAUAGCAAGCCACUACAGUUCAGACCGGACUACCUGAGUGCUGGCACAGUGAAAAGCCGGGGCUGGUUCACGGCCGACGAUGGCGUGUAUAGCAUCACUCUUGCACCCACCGCUGCGUCCCAGCUGCCACCGAUGGUGAACGCGCUUGAGAUGUACACUAGCAUCCCACACACAAAUCCAAUGACGUUCCCAAAAGACUUUGAUGUCAUCAUGGCAAUUAAAAUGGAGUACGGGAUAAAGAAAAAUUGGAUGGGUGAUCCAUGCUUCUUCCCAACAGACAUACCCUGGGAUGGCGUGAAAUGCAGCGAUAAAAGUGAUACUAGGAGGAUAAUAUCUCUGGAUCUCUCCAACAGCAACUUGCAUGGGCCGAUAUCUACCAACUUUAAAUUGCUCACAGCACUGCAGUAUUUGAACUUGUCGGGCAACCAAUUGAAUGAAUCGAUACAGGCCUUCUGUAAAAAUGAGACACCGUCAUUUGUUCUCAGACAUGCUGAACUUGUGACUCCUCCAGAUGAUGGUAGAAAAAAUCAUGGGGAAGCCCUGCAAAAUGUUGAAAAUCGCCGAUUCACAUAUAUAGAGCUUGAAAAAAUUACUAAUAAGUUUGAGCGGUUUAUUGGACAAGGAGGGUUUGGACCUGUGUACUAUGGCUGUUUAGAAAAUAGUACUGAGGUUGCUGUUAAGAUGCGUUCGGAAUCAUCAUCUCAUGGACUUGAUGAAUUUUUUGCUGAGGUUCAAAGCUUAACAAAGGUGCAUCAUAGAAAUUUAGUUUCUUUGGUUGGUUACUGCUGGGAAAAAGAUCAUCUUGCAUUAGUAUAUGAAUACAUGGCUCGAGGCAGUCUUUAUGAUCAUCUGAGAGGUAACCACGGUGUAACUGAAACAUUGAAUUGGAAAACACGGGUCCGUAUUGCGGUUGAAGCUGCACAAGGGCUAGAUUAUCUGCAUAAAGGUUGUAGCCUUCCAAUAAUUCAUCGGGAUGUGAAGACCCAAAACAUUCUCUUAAGUCGAAAUUUACAAGCUAAAAUAGCAGAUUUUGGGCUUUCGAGGACUUAUCUCAGUGACACACAGACACAUAUAUCAAUCUCUCCAGCUGGGUCAGCAGGUUACAUGGACCCUGAGUACUACCAAACUGGCAGGCUGACUGAGAGCAGUGAUGUCUAUAGUUUUGGUGUUGUUUUGCUUGAGAUAGCCACCGGUGAAUCUCCAAUAUUACCAGGGCAUGGCCAUAUCAUUCAACGUGUGAAAAAGAAGAUUGAUGCUGGGAACAUCCACAUGGUUGCCGAUACACGUCUUAGAGGUGCAUAUGAGGUUAGCUCGAUGUGGAAGGUGGUAGAUAUUGCAUUGCGAUGCACGGCUGAUGUUGCUGUUCAAAGGCCAACAAUGGCUGCUGUAGUUGUGCAGCUGAAGGAGAGUCUAGCGUUGGAGGAACCUCAUGCAAACAGUGACAUCAGAAGAACUGUAGGAACAACGAGUGAAACCUCAAUAACUACCUCCACAUUUGGUCCAUCCGCAAGAUGA